GUGGAAUGCAAGGCUAUAUUCAGUGCUCAGUCCGUAUCUGCAGAUUCCUAUGUCACACUAGAUAUUUAUCUCAGGUAAUUUGAUUCACUUAGACUACUACUGUAUAGUUGUAAUUCAGAAAAUUGUCUAUAUUAUUUACACUUAUUUAUGCAAGGUAACAUCUCAAUCAUAUUGAUUAUAGAGAUGUCUGACUUUCUUUAUUUCUUUCAAAAACAGAACGACCUGUCCAUUUCCGAUACGUUUCAACAGUCUGUCUGUAUUAUUCAACAAUCCGAAUUACAACUCCUUGUGUGUCGUGAACGGUGCAAACAAUUCUGACGUCUCUGAAGAGGGCGACCUGUAUCUGGAACCGAAGAAGAUAAAAAAGAUCACAUUCACUUUCACUCCAUUUCCUGAAGAUGUCGGCAAGCAUAUUGAGGUUUUUAUCAACUCUGCUUUUUAUUCCAAGUAUUUUAUUGAUGUUGGAUGUUUCCUAUCAGUUCUAAACUGUUCUCCAUAGGGGUCCAGGAGGAAACCUAAACUAAACUAACUGUAUUAAUACUGGAUAGCUCUAUCCGUUCUUAGCUUUUCUCCCUAGAGGUCCAGUAAGAGUCAUCUUUUAUUAAUCUAGUGUUACUACAGGAGGGAAUCCAAGCUAAACUAACUCUGUACUGGGUAGCUUUAUCUGUUCUAAACUGUUCUCCCUAAAGCUGGAGUAAGGAACAUCUCUUAUUGAUCCAGUGUUAUAAACCUAAACUAAACUAACUUUAUUUAUAGGAUAGCUCUAUCAGUUCUAAACUGUUCUCCCUAGAGAUCCAGUAAGGAUCAUCUCUUAUUACUCCAGUUUUAAUUACUAUACAGGAGGAUAUCCAAACUAAACUAACUCUGCACUGGAUAGCUCUAACAGUUUUAUACUGUUCUCCCUAGAGGUCCAGUAAGGAUCAUCUCUUAUUGAUCCAGUGUUACUGCAGGAGGAAGCUGGAGUAUACUUGGAGAUAAAGUGCAGUGCUUGUUUUCAUGCGUGGUGCAGGAUUCGAACUUCGUCAUGUACAGAGAUGGAAGGUACAUAUUGGGUACACUUACUACUGUGAUACCAAUAUAGUCCCCGAUAAAUUUUAGUGAAAAGAGAGAAGAAACUUGCUGCCCGGUUCACACUUGCAAUUCUGUCGGCGAUUUUCUUCUCCUGGCAAAUGUGAUUGAAUGAAUGAUAUGCAAAAAACUUAGAAUUGUUUACGUUUGAAAAGCGACUCUAUACUUUUGUGUGAGAGUUCACUCAUUUGCAUCCUUCAGAAAUACAAAGUGUGAACUGGGCUUUAAAGAUGAUGGUUAAUGAGAGUUUCAACUUUCAUCGACUCUCGUCAACUUUAAAGCAGGUUCAAAUCUUGAUAAGAGUUGAUGAGAGUUUAUGCUACGCGCGCGCGGUCACAUCCAGUCAACUCUCAUUCAACAAUUCUUCGUUUGACCGAUACCUUUGAAUAACAAUACCGGAUAGAUUGUCAAUAGCUAUUCAGUUAGUAACGCGUCUUCGGAAAGCGUUUACUGUCUUCAUUCCUUCUCGACGCAGAAUUGAGUUUCUCCAGAAAAAUAUGACACAGUUGAAUGUCGAGUUCAAAGAUACAAACGUGCCUGACCACAGACUAAAUAACAAAAAUUGUCUCUCAGACAACGGCGAUGCUAAACGUAGAGCUGCAUAUAUAGUGUACGGGCAGAAACAACAGAAAAAACAGCCAACUGCCAAAGAACACGUAGAAAUAUGUUUGAGAUUUAAGAUUCGUGUUUUCCUGUUUUCAUCCAUCACUGUAGUUGGAGUAACACUUUCGUCCGCGCGUUUUGACUUCGCGAUUAUAAAAAUUUUGUAAUUUGAAUAAAUGAACAAGAAUAGGAGGGAUAAUGCAGUUCCAGUUCCAAAAAUAUCGAUAAUUAUUUCCCAAUUAAAGUAUGCCAAUGGCGAUAUACCGAAUAUAACCGUCCAAAAUGCCUGAAAACAUAGAAGCCUUGUUUUUGUGACUGAUGCUUGAUGGAAAAAUGGACGGGUCAGGGCUAGGAAUCGUUCAACAUUCAGCGUAAAAAGCGCAAAUAACGAGGAACCACAAACAGCAAAACAUAUGGAUUCCCUUGUGUAGUCGCGUGUUUCAUUAAUUUCUCCUUGGGAAAAAUAAAUUGUAGAUACGAUGUAGAGUGGAUGAGUGAUGCCGACUACAGCCAGAUCAAAACAAGAUAAUACAAGAAUCAUAAAGUAGCAUAGUUUCUUUCGAAGUUGUGACGACCUCCUUAGACUGAUUAUGACGACAGAAUUUAGGAAUAUUCCUGCAACCAUAAAGAUUAUAUUUAUAAUGCACAGAAAUACGACGCUAAAAAUAUCACUUUCUUGCAUAUUAAAGUCUUAAUUGUCAUGCAUGGAUGCACAUUACUGUCCGUUUCUUCUUAUAAUUAUAUAUUCGUCUGCCGUUUAUAUACAUCCGACUUAAACUGAAUAUUUUACAUGUUGUCAUAUAUACACAUGUUCGAAGCAAAACAAUGACAUAUUUUGUCGUUUUGAAGGACUUUAGUGUAAUGCAAAUUUUAUUUUACAUGUUGUCAUAUAUACACAUGUUCGAAGCAAAAUAAUGGCAUAUUUUGUCGUUUUGAAGGACUUUAGUGUAAUGCAAAUUUUGAGCGAAAAUUAUAUACAUAUUUUACACCUGAUUGGAAGUAGCUGCGACCUCGGUGUUUCAACCACCCCACCUUUUCCUUUUCGCGGGUGUAAAUAGCCGUGCGGAAUUAGUAUACUCUUGGCGUGGACUUCGCCCUAUGUGUCCCGCGCGUGGUUCGGGGAUUAACACGAAAAUUUGUGGGAUUAAUGGGCACAGGCCAAGGGCAAAUUAAUUAAAAAAAUUUUCGAUUUGGAUGAGAAAUUAACAAAAUUCUUGUCUUGGUUUCCCGGGCAGAAUGAACUGAAAUACAUAUUUAGCCCAUCUGUCCAUUGUAUAAUUUAUGCAUAAUAUCUUGACUUAAUUAACUGGCGGAGGUAUAUGCAGUCUCUGAGUGGUCCCUAGUUAAUACUUAAUCCUUAAAGCAUAAAUUUAAUAUAGACUUUGACAUUGAAUCUUAAACAUAAUCAUUCACCUAACCCUAAUCAAUUUCAAAAAUUUUAAUCUAAAAUAUUUACACCCUCUAAAUUAUGUGGCGAGUAUCAAGCAUGUUUAGUAUUUUUGCACAAGUGAACAAUCUUACAAGUUGAUAGGUCAAAUUUGACGUAUCAAGCUGUUAUAUUCACCUACAGGUGAAUAUAACGAAACCGAAAUUUUCAAAAUGGCGGCUAGCCGUUUUGUGGAAGUUACUGAUAAAGAAAUAAGCGAGUUAAAAUAAAUUCAGUACCAAAAAAAACACAAAAGACUUGUGUAAAAGUACUAAAACAAUUAUUCGCCUCAGGCUCGGUGAUUAUCGGGGAAUAUUCACCUCGAAUUCGUCUCGGCGAAUAUUCCCCGAUAAUAACCGCCUUCGGCGAAUAAUUGUUAAAUAUUCUAGUGAUAUUAACAUAUUUUUAUUGCCAAAUUUGUCGGGCACAUUCCAGUAUAAUACGACAACUGUUUAUAUGAUGUUUGUGAUGUUACUCUGAGUGUACACGCGUCUGGUGUGGAUGUACACUCAGAGUAACAUCACAAACAUCAUAUUCACCUGAGUACACAACACCAACACAGAAAAAAACCAGAAAACUGUUCAUAUAUAGUUAAAUAUAAUUAUCAUUUUAAAGUUUCUUGCCAAGUGUAAUGGCGAAGAGAAUGCCUCGAAUAACAUAAUGAUCUGAAUCAUAUUUUUGGAGCUCGUCCGGUGUGGAUAUACACUUAGAGUAACAUCACAAACAUCAUCACCUGCAUGAGUACACAACACCAACACAGAAAAAAAAACAAAAAAACUGUUUAUAUAUAGUUAAAUAUAAUUAUCAUUUUAAAGUUUCUUGCCAAGUGUAAUGGCGAAGAGAAUGCCUCGAAUAACAUAAUAUUCUGAAUCACUAUCAUACUUAAAUACUCUAUUGUUUCCCACCGAGGAUCUACCUGCACAAUAAAUCUCGUCGUGUAUUUUUGUUCGAUCAUCUAACAGUUUUAAAUUGUUCUCCCCAGAGGUCCAGUAAGGAUCAUCUCUUAUUGACCCAGUGUUACUGCAGGAGGAAGCCGGAGUAUACUUGGAGAUAACGUGCAGUGUUUGUUUUCAUGCGUGGUGCAGGAUUCGAACUUCGUCAUGUACAGAGAUGGAAGGCACAUAUUGGGUACACUUACUACUGUGAUACCAAUAUAGUCCCCCAUAAAUUUUACUGAAAAGAGAGAAGAAAACUUGCUGCCUGGUUCACACUAGCAAUUCUGUCGGCGAUUUUUCUCCUCCUGGCAAAUGUGAUCGAAUGAAUGAUAUGCAAAAGACUUAGAAUUGUUUACUUCUGAAAAGCGACUCUAUAUUUUUGUGUGAGAGUUCACUCAUUUGCAUCCUUCAGAAAUACAAAGUGUGAACCGGGCUUUAAGCCUCGAUCAAACAAAGAUGGUGGUUAAUGAGAGUUUCAACUUUCAUCGACUCUCGUCAACUUUAAGCUGGUUCAAAUCUUGCUAAGAGUUGAUGAGAGUUUAUGCUACGCGCGCGCGGUCACAUCCAGUCAACUCGCAUGCAACUCUCGUUCUGCGUUUGACCGAUAUACCUUUGAAUAACAAUGCCCGGAUAAAUUGUCAAUAGCUAUUCAGUUAGUAACGCGUCGUCGGAAAGUGUUUACUAUCUUCAUUCCUUCUCGACGCAGAAUUGAGUUUCUCCAGAAAAAUAUGACACAGUUGAAUGUCGAGUUCAAGGAUACAAACGUGCUUGACCACAGACUAAAUAACAAAAAAUGCCCUUCAGACAACAACGUUCUUGAUGCUAAACCUAAAGCUGCGUAUAUAAUGUACGGGCAGAAACAACAGAAAAAACAGCCAACUGCCAAAGAACACGUAGAAAUAUGUUUGAGAUUCAAGAUUCGUGUUUUCCUAUUUUCAUCCGUCGCUGUAGUUGGAGCAACCCUUUCGUCCUCGCGUUUUGACUUCGCGAUUAUAAAAAUUUUGUAAUUUGAAUAAAUGAACAAGAAUAGGAGGGAUGAUGCAGUUACAGUUCCAAAAAUAUCGAAAAUUAUUUUCAAAUUAAAAUAUAGCAAUGGCGAUAUACCGACUGUUAUAACCGUCCAAAAUGCCUGAAAACAUAGAAGCCUUGUUUUUGUGACUGACGCUUGAUGGAAAAAUGGACGUGUUAGGGCUAGGAAUCGUUCAACAUUCAGCGUAAAAAGCGCAAACAUCGAGGAACCACAAACAACAAAAAAUAUCGAUUUCCCUAUGUACUUGUUUCUUUCAUCAAUGUCUCCUUGGGAAAAAUAAAUUGUAGAUACGAUCAAGAGUGGAUGAGUGAUGGUGACUACAGCCAGAUCAAAACAAGAUAAUACAAGAAUCAUAAAGUAGCAUAACUGCUUUCGAAGUUGUGACGACCUCCAUAGACUGAUUAUAACUGUGGUUAUAAUCAGUCUAUGGAGGUCGUCACAACUUCGAAAGGAAUAUUCCUGCAACCAUAAAGAUUAUAUUUAUAACGCACAAAAAUACGACGCUAAUAGUAUCACUUUUUUGCAUAUUAAAGUCUUAAUUGUCAUGCAUGGAUGCACAUUACUGUCCGUUUCUUAUAAUUAUAUAUUCGUCUGCCUUUUUGUAUACAUCCGACUGAAUAUUUUAAUUAAACUGAAUAUCUUAAUUUAGGAGGCACUUGUGUAUCUCCUGUUGUCGUAUAUAUACACAGUCAUGUUUAAAUUAAAAUAAUGACAUAUUUUGUCGUUUUGAAGGACUUUAGUAAGUGGAGGGCGCCUUUGGAUGGUUCUUGUUGAUGCAAAUUUUGAGCGAAAAUUAUUUUCAUAUUUCCAACCACCCCACCUUUUCCUUUUCCCAGGUGUAAAUAGCCGUGCGGAAUAAGUAUAUCUUGGCGCGGACUUCGCCCUAUAUGAGCCCCGCGCGUGGUUCGGGGAUUAACACGAAAAUUUGUGGGACUACUGAUGGGCAUUUGGAUGAAAAUUGGAUGAAAAAUUAACAAAAUUGUUGUCUUGCUUUUCCGAGCAGAAUGAAAUGAAAUGCGUAUUUAGCCCAUCUGUCCAUUGUAUAAUUUAUGCAUAAUAUCUUGACUUAAUUAACUGGCGGAGGUAUAUGCAGUCUCUGAGUGCUCCACAGUGCUCUCUCCCAGUACCCCAAAAAUGGUGGCGUGAGAAAGGCUAAUUGAGUUAGUACUUUUUGGCUCAUAACAAUCUCUUGCGCUUAUUUAUAGGACGCAGCAACGGUUUAGAAACUGCAGCUCUUCCUUUGAGCCCACUUGCAGCCAAUCUCCUUAGUGUUGUUUUGCUGAUCGUUUUCUUUCGGAUGGCGUUUAUUUACGAUUGAUUUAUAUACAUCCGACUUAAACUGAAUAUUUUUUUAAUUUAGGAGACACUUGUGUAUCUCCUGCAUUUUGCCAAACUUAAAAUUUUGGGACUGGACUCAUUCUUUUGGCACCUACUAGCUGUAGCUUAAAAAAGUACUUCUACACACUGUUAAACAAAAUUUUUGUUUUGCGACACCGAAGCUUCGUUUAGUACAAAACUUUGUUUUUGUUUUACGAAACGGGAAGCCAUUUUGUUUUUGUCCGGAUGGGUAUCAAGUGCAAGGAUAUCCAAGGCUGAGGAACCAAUCAAAUUGCGUGAAAAGCACUAUGCACCUCCCGAGUAUUUGCUAAUAAUGUAUAUUUUUCAUUUACUAUGUACUGUAGGUCACACAAGUGGUACUGGAACAAGGCUCGAGGCAGGUGUGUUGUGCUGUCCUGGUGUGGAGUGGUGGAGGUGGCAGUAUCGCUAAUAAUGCUGACUCGACACUUCUUAACCUCAGUAGCCACAAUGAGGAGAUUGCGAACAAUGACGCAGGGGAAUGGAACCGACUACGUAUUUUGUCGAAGUUGAGGUAGGAAGUUGGUGUGGAUUAUAGUGGUCGGUGGUCGGCUAUAUUUGCUUAUUAAAAACAACAAAUUGUCAUGAGCUGGCCUAUAAAUUGGCCUUGACUUGGUUUGGACCAUGCUAAGGCUCGCAAUAAUAAAUACCGUUUUACACCCGUUUUCAAAAUAAUUCAGCGACCAGGCCGAAUAACGUUUAUGUAAUGACUUUUACAGUGCUUAUUCAAAUCAUUUCAGUGUCAUUCCACGCGAGCCGAUGGUGGAAAUCGCUUUCGAGCAUGACCAACCUUCAUUGAUAGACGAGAUCUAUCCACUGAAAUUACGAUUAACAAACCAUGAAGAAACAACAGUUUCAAACGUCAAGUAAGAUUACACUUCAAUCCACAUUUUCUAGUCCCUGAGGCUGACAGAGGGUUGCCGCGGCUUGGAUUCUUCUUAAGGUGACUCGAUAUAUGCAGUAUAUUAAUCUAUUUUAAAGAUCGAAUCGCUUAAACAAAACGUUAUGCCAUACGAACAAACCCACGUGACCAUUCGUGUCUCCGGAAUAUUAAGAAAAGGCCUUACAUAAAAGAAAAAAAGAAAAGGCCUUUCAUGUAUGACCUGACGUACAUGUUUUAUAACGCAUUACACGUCAAUUUCUGAUGUCAUUAGAAAUGCCAAUUUUUGAAAAACAGUGCGCUAUAUAUCUCAUUAUUUCGUGCGGUGACCUAUGCUGAAGUUUUGCACACUGUAUUGUAUUGCAAAAGACUUUCAAUAUACAAAAAAAUACAACAAUUCUGUAACGCCAAAAUUUUUUAUCAAAGAAAACGACAUUUUUGCGGGGGGUUUUAAUUUAAAAACUGGCAUUAUAGAGUUUUUUAUUUUGCUUAUUGUUUGUCAAAGUUGUAGGUAAAAUAUGGGGUCAUCGUGCUUUUCUAACUAUACAAAGCAAUAGGCUAUUUUAGAGUGAAUUUCGUACACGUGUGUUGCCAUAGUAACGAACUAUGUGUUACCAAACUCGACAUAAAGUGAAAGACGAAAUUGAACAAAUAGAUAAGAUUUUGUCAUUUUGCUGUUGUCUGUUCAGUUAGAUACACAGUAUGACGUCAUCAUGUGGCAUAAUGUGACAUCAAAAAAUAUAUAAAAAUAGAAAAAUAAAAACUUACUUUUUAUCCACCCAAACAUUUGGAAAUUUGGAAAAAUCGAAAUUUUACAAUUAUCACGCGUAUUGGAUAAGGUUUUGUGUGACGUAAUUCCGUGCGUCUGUCCUCUAAUAUGUAGAUCAUGGCUUUCGACCAAUGAAAGCGCAUGAAUUCUUAACGUUAUUAUAGAAAUCAUAAUAGAUAAACAUCCUGUCAUCUGCUGCAUAAAACCUAAAAACUAUCAAACUAUUAUACACCUGAAGUUUCGAAAACUGUAUCGAGCCACCUUAAUCAUCCUCUUUGUCCCUUGUCAUGUUCGUUCAUAUUUAGAUCUGUGCAUCGUCCUCUGUUCCCUUAAUCUCCAGUUCCAUAUAAUGUCUUUGACUGCAGGCUUUUGUAGACUCCGACCAAGUUUUUCAUUUUUAACAUGCGUAUAAUGUACUUCUAUAUCUUCAAUAUUUUUGCGUUUUCUUUAUGUUCAAACUUUUUCAGGGUCGAAAUUGGAAUAAAUACUGAAACAAGUACAACAAGAUCCGAACUGGGUAACUUACUGUAUUAUAUUUUUUAGUUAUCGACAAAAUACUUAACAAAUAUCAAUAAGAAAGUUAUUUCGUAGACAUUUUUAAACCUUUUGUCUUGCUUUUAGUUUGGAUGAGCUUGGACAAGGCAAAUUUUGAAAGUGACGAAAAGCAUUCCCUGGCGUUUGAUGUUCCGGAAAUUUCUGAUAAGGUUGAUUGUAUUCCUAUCCUUGAACGUUUAUAUUUUUCCUUGAUUUUAUAUAUCAAUGAUGAUAGAUGAACUGAUCAUCAAAAAUUUGUAAUCCAAUGUCUUUUACAGUUUCUGCCAAACGCUCACAUUAAAGAUUGUUUCCUGGUUAAAUAACUUUGGAAAAGACAAAGGAAAUCACUACCUCGGUGGUUUUAUAUGUGAUAAAAAAUCAUGUUAAUUUACAUAAACUUUAGCUUUGAUUUUCUCGGCUUAGACAACGUUGAUUUUUAAAAUUUCUUCGCCAAUGAACUCAUAAGAUGAGUCAUUCAAAACACUCACAGUGCAUGCUUUUCAGAUACAAGACACUCUGAUAUAUCUGUCUCGUGUUUUAAAUAGUACUUUAUUUACUUGUACUAAACUCCUCGUGUUUUAAAUAGUACUUUAUUUACUUGUACUUCUUCUAGAUCGAGCGUGAGCUUUAUGUCAAGACAUCUCAGGCUGGUAAAACUGUUCUCGCUGCAAAGGUUAGCUGAGUUUUUUACAGAUUUAGAGUUACAAAGUUUGUAUAUGAAGAGGUAUUCUUAAAUAGAAUAUUUUAUUAGGUUGUUUACGAAGUGUCGGUCACCGUUGGCACAUCUGGUCAUGUCGUGAAGUGUGUAUGUUCCAAGGUAUUGUCAAUGCCGCAGAGAAUAGUGGAUUAUUUAGAGUAUAGUUCAGUAGAGUAUAGUUCAGAUUGAAGAACAUUGAAUUGAAUUUAUUAAUUGACAUUCCCUAAAAUGGGAUUUUCAAUGACAAUUUACAUGGAUUUUAAAAGAAAUUAUUAGUUAUCAACUAUAUAUAUUUACAACAAUCUUAUCAAAGUUAUUACGUGAACUAAAAUUAAAUUAUAUAUUAUGGUUUAUGAGUUAAAAAAGUUAAAAAGAAGGACAUCGCUUCUCAAUAAGAAUUGUCUUAAGUUUCGUCUUAAAAUUCUUCAAAUCACUAAUUGAUUUCAGCUCUGUAUCUAGAGCAUGUACUACUUCGGUAGAAUCUAGCCCUUAUUAACUCGCCAGCGAGUUCUGUGCAACAUCGGAUUACUUUAAGAUGAUCCACAUUGCACUAUCUUUGCAUGAUCUAACCAUGCUUAAUUCAACAGCGAAUUCGGUACAACAUCAGAUUAUUUUAAGGUAGCUCACAAUAAAAAAUGUGUACUACUGUACCUCUGCGUGAUCUAACCAUGUUUAACCCAGCACUGCAUGAGUUCUGUACAACAUCAGAUCACUUUCAGGUAGCUCACAUUCAAGAACAUGUACUACCUCUGCAUGAUGUAACCAUACUUAACUCAGCAGUGAGUUCUGUACAACAUCAGAUCACUUUCAGGUAGCUCACAUUCAAGAACAUGUACUACCUCUGCAUGAUGUAACCAUACUUAAUUCAGCAGUGAGAUCUGUGCAACAUCAGAUCACUUUCAGGUAGCUCACAUUCAAGAACAUGUACUACCUCUGCAUGAUGUAACCAUACUUAAUUUCUCGGUCUAUUUUUCAAGGUUGUGACAACAAGCCUAGAUAGCAUUCAACCAUUCAAAACUACAUGUUCGCUUGUCACUAAGGUAUGCCAGUGUCAGACAUUUAUAAUUGACGGAACCAAAAAUGUAAUUUUAUGUCAUUACAUUGUAAUUUUACGUGUUGAUGUAGUUAUUUCAAGAUCGAACAGCUCUUUCCAUGUAUACUAUAAACUAUUCCAGGGGCGGAUCUAGCCUCAUUUGCAAGUAGGGGUGCAGGUUUUCCAUGGGGUGGUGCAUGAGAGAGCCUUACUGCACACUCUCCCGUGCAGUCUGCAACGCUACUAUCCCAAAUUACCAUUAUUGGAGAUGGCCGAAUGUGCGUGUUCGCCGUUUUACAUUAUCUUUUGUUUACAAAGUUCAUAUCGGCUUUUUAUCACGUAUGCAUGACUGGACCAAGAUAUUUAACCAAAGCAUUCUGAGUAUUUUCUUGUGAGCUCACAAAUCAAUUAAAUCGUUUCAAGAAAUCGACACACGCUAACAGUAGAAAUUCUGCUAAUCGUUAUUUGAAAAGCAGAAAAUGUAUAGUCAAGCAAAUUUUUAGGGGGAGGGGCGCAUGGUGCAGGACUUCUCUAGAAGUGCUAGACACCACUAGAUCUGGUGCGCAACCCCUGUACCUCCACGGUAGAUCUGACCCUGGACUGUCUUUCUAUUCAGGAAUUUUUCAGGCUGGAUAAAAUCCAUGAAGGAGAACUAUUUAUGUUGUUGGUCAACAUCAAGUGUUCCUCACCUUGGCCAUUGACUGUCAUCUCCAGUAAACUACAGUUGGUAAGUUGCUUCUUGUUUCCUUAAGCCCGUUUUCCACUCACGUAUUUCGCCGCCGCUGGCGAAAAAUUUCACCCCCGAAAAAGUUCAUUUGUUGUUCUUUCGCGCCGUCGACGAAAGGUCAAACAGAAGUUGAAAAUUUUAAGCAACUGUAGCAAGAGAACAAAUUUCUUCAGCAGUGAAUGAAUGUAAAAAAAUGAUUUCUUUGUCAAAAUUUUUUGCCAGCGGCGGCGAAAUAUGUGAGUGGAAAACGGGCUUUAGUUUGACAAUUACGAAGUAAGUUUUAUCGUCUAAAACGUUCCCUCUGUAUUGGUGUAUUUGUUUAUUUAUUUUAUUUUAUUUUAUUUUAGUCAGAUGAAAUUCAAUUUGAAGACGAUGAAAGUGAAUCGCAGUUAUCUGGAGGUACAGUAUUGUACAGAUAUAAUGAUUUCCUCUUGUUACCUUCAGAGAUAGAUGUACAGUCUAUCGGGCGCUGGUCAUAAGCAUUGGCCGAGGCAAGGGGCAUUCUCACUGAGGAAAAUACGACAAUAUUUUACAUAAACAGCCCUGGCAUAGCCGCUGGUAGGAGGAUGUUAGAUUGUAAGUUUGUCAGAAGAUGUCUGAACAGUACGAUUGCCAGAAUUGUUUCCUAAGUCCCAAAAAUAUCUAAUGGACGCUACACCUUAGUACUGCCAUUAAAACCAUCCUUCCAAAAUUUCUUUUACAGUUUCUUUAGAGAAUGAUGAAUCUGCAUCGGAUUGUUUUUGUCUCGUCAGUAAAACGUCUGAUAGUGUAUCUCGAUCUGUUCAUCUUGGUCAGCUUCACAUUGAAUGGAGGAGGUACGUAGAUAAUAGGGCCAUUUAUACGGGACAAAAUAAGACGCGACUUACAUAAGACGCGACUUAAAUAAGACGCGAGUUUGUCGUAUAAAAGGUACAAAAUUUUUAUGUAAGACGCGUCUUGGAUAAGACGCGUCUUACAUAAGAACAGGACUUUUAGCUGUUCUUAUUUAAGUCGCGUCUUAAAUAAGAAAUCUUAGACAAAAAUUCUAACUACACAUGCCCGAAACUUGAAACAACGUAAAAUUAUUAGCCUUGCUUAUUCGAACAAAAACAACCGAAACAACAUUAUAGCUAUAGCAAGUAAAUAAGAAUAAAUCCGUAGAGAACCAUUUAUGCGAUAACUCAGCUUAUAUAAGACGCGUCUUAUGUAAGACGCGACUUAUUUUGUCCCGUAUAAAUGGCCCUAAUGUCAUCUACAGAUUUUUGCUUAAUAAAGGAUUUUUUUACUGUUAAUUCGUGGGUUUUAGCAGCUGGUGGUCAAUCUCCAGUCGUUAGAAUCCCAUUAUGUGUGAUAGUCCUCCUAUGUUGCUCCUAUAAGUGUCAUAAUUUCUCAAGGGUCACACCAUCUAAUACCCUGGACUUACUGAUCCCAUCAUUAUUAUUGUGGCAAAAUAAUAUAAAUGUUAGUUUUAUUCAAACACGUUUUAGAGUUGAGCAAAGUUCUGAGUUACCAUCAGUCGUGACAGAUGUGGAUCUACCUUCAACAACCAUCGAGAAAGUACCCCUAUCUAUCCAUACAGGUAUAUGAUUAUUAAUUGAUUUAUUAAUUAGUUAAUAAUUAAAUUAAUUAUUAAUAAAUUAAUUAAUUAAUAAAUACACUGAUAAUUAAUUUAUUUGUUACCAUGCAAUUACUCACAAGGUUGGGAUGUUAGUGACACAAUCUAACAUUUAUGUGUGUCUCACUUCUUUUACCAAGGCUUUAAUUCUGCAGUAUGUAGUUGUCUGCAGGGCUGGAAAAAGUAUUGGACCCAGAAAUUCUUUUUGAGUUCCCAGAAAAUAUUUCCCCAAGAAAGAAAAAAACAUAAUUGUAAAAAUUUAAUAGAUAAAAGACCUAAUAGAAAGAAUGUUAUGGGUAUGGCUUCAGACCAAAAUGCAAUAAUUAUUAUAAGUGCAUCCAUCAUAAUAGUGUGAUAUUGUGUAAAUGUAUAGAUUGUAGAAUAAUGUAACAAGUGUUGUAUGGCAAAUACAUUUUUAGCCAAUCUGAGACGCCAGGUUUUCAAAAUUUUCUGAUUGAGCAUGGAUCCCCCUGGUAGCUAGUGGCCGGGUUUUUGAUGCAUGUUAUCUAAAUUAGUUUUAUGUUAUAUUCCUGAAAGUAUUAUAAAGAUUCUCAGGGCACUGAAAUUAUUUUUUUCCUGUUAAAAUAUAGCAUGACAUUCAGUUUGGCAAGAUCACACAGUUACAGUGUCUGAGUGUCAAUUUACUUAAUUGUUUGCAGAAAAUUUCCAAUGUUCUCUUGCGGUCCCAGACACUAAAAUAUUUUUCCUCCCCUGUUUGUAUGAUUGUACAUUUGCCCGACAUCUAAGAAGAAUGCUUUCCCCCCCUGGAAUCUCUUUAACCCCUCUUAUAAAGUGUUCAACCCCACCAAAAUUUCGCUUCGUCCCUCCUAUUUUGUGUGAAAGUCUUUAACCCUAACGCCUAACCCCUGCCGAAGCUCACUCAGUGGUGCCGCUUGCACCCCACUUGAGUUUUUACCACCGCUCCUUUAAAAAAAUGAAAAUCCUCCCUUGCUUUUAGGAAGGCGAAUUUGGAACUGGUAGAGCUAUCUAUCCAGUAUAAAUAAGUUUAAUUUAGGUUUCCUCGUGUAGUAAUAUACUGGGCCAAUAAGAGGCGGGUCUUCAGGGGAGCUGAACGUUAAAUAAGAACGUUAAAUAAGAACUUCAAGGGAGCUGAGCGUUAACUUAAAUAUCUAAAGUCUAGAGUUAUAGGUCUGGUUUAUUUUGUAACACAGCAGGACUAGUAAGGGCUUUCCCUUACUGAAUCUUCAGGGGAAGUUGGGAAACGCACUUUAGAACCGAUAGAGCUUUAAUAAAUGCAUUUGUUGAUUUUUCUAGAACUACCGUCUUACGGGACAGUCCGUACUGCGUUGCCCUUGUCUUAUACUUUGUUCAACAAGACGGCGACUGUGCAAGAAAUUGAGGCAAAAAUUGAGCAGAGUGAACACUUCAUGUUUACAGGAAGUAAAGAGGUUAGCUGCUUUAAUAAUGAUUUACGUACUUUGAUACAGUAUACUUUUAGCGACCCUCUGGUUGGGACAUGCGCCUUUUAUCUCUGCAACCUGCCCUGUAUUUUGAAUUGUGAAACUCAUUUAUAAUUCAUGAAGAAAACGCAAAAGAAAUCGUGAGCGUGAAGGAGUUUGUACAUCUGAUACAGAAUCAUGCUGAUUUACAUAGACGUUAAGUUCAAUUUUCUCACCAAAUAUCAUUCAUUUACUGAUCUGUAUGGGCAUUUAAGUACUCUAGUACUUAAAUCAGAUUAGGCUCUUUAGAGGCGUUGUACACUGUAGUUAUUUAAUACAUUAAUAAACUCUAGUUUGUUCACACUACAACAGCUGUAGCCAACCAUCUCGCUUCGUACAUUUCUGGCAGUUCUUGCCAUGUGUUAGUAUGAAAGCUAAAAUAUUCCACUGACUUCAGAUCUUCCAACAUAUCGUCCAUGCCUCCUAUUACUACAAUUGCAUUCUCAAUAACAACUGCCUUACAACCCCGUCUCUUGUGUAACAUGGGAGGCAAAUAAUAACUGUUGCCGGAUUCAAUGUCAUACAUCAUUACUGUAUCCAGUUCUGUAUUAAAACGGUCAAGUCCACCAAUAACCGCGACGUUGUCACCCCACUUGACUGUUGCCAUUUCAGUUACUGUAUCGGGAAGCGGUUCCAAUUGUUUGCACCGUUUCGUUUUGAUAUCAAACAACAAAACACUAUCAAGAUUGUCACGAGGGUAGCCGGUUUCAGUCCCCCCUAGGAUUACUAUACUAUCAUCGACUAAUACUGUCCCGGGAGAUAUUGCUACUUUGGGCAUCUUGGACACCAGUUUAACAGUGUAAGGUGGUUUAAGUUGGACUUCGUGAAUACAGUCAGAGUAUACGCCCUGGUCUUGAUUCACACCUCCUAUAAGAAACAAGCUAUCCUUGUACAAAACAGAGCCUUGGCCAGUCAUUUCUGGUAGUGGAAGCAUUUGGCUGGAAAAUUCACUCCAGCGUGUUGCAAGAUCGGGGAAAGGGUCGACAGUUAACUCCAUAACGGGACUAGACUCGAAACCCCCUGCUAUAAUGGAGUGGUUGUACACAUGUGCCCAUGCGUCAAAACACGAGUCGUUUACGGGUCGUAAUAAAGACCACGAUUUUUGACGCCAGUCGAACACUUCAACUGUGGUGCCUCGAUUUCCACCAAAAACAAUGAUAUUCUGAUUUUUCUCAACUUUCCUCUUUUUUUCUCUGAUAUAACUCGCUAGUUUCUCUUGCUUUCUUUCGAUGCCUUCUAUUCUAUCGAGUACUUCCUCCUUCCAGUCAUCUAAUCCAUCCUUAACGUCUGUCACUGUUCGUUUUAAACCCCGCAUUUUAUGAUCUAACGCUUCGUAAUUUUCACCCAGUUUUUCCACAUUUUUGUUCAAGUCAAUCAUGAUCUUGAGCAUUUCCUUACAGUUGUCACAUUUCGAAUUUCUUGAUUCAUACACUUCGCUUUCGUUGUGGUGUUUACGACGUCUUUUGUUGCCUCUUGCGUUGCCGUGUUGAUGUGAGGUCAUAUUUGCUUGCUGUUUCCCUUCCGUAAUUUAAAAUUAAGUUACACUUCGGCCAGUUGGUCGUAUAGAAACUUCGUCAUAUAAACUGCCAUAUAAAUAUCAAAUAGUCAAAGUUCGUUUAUGUAAAGAAUUAGUUGAAAAAUUCAAGUAAAUGAUCGGUUUUAAGCACUUCCGCAUAAGUCGCUUUAGUUUGCUUGCCACGUAUUGCUUUGUAAUAAAAUAUUAAAUAUCAGUGUAAAGGUCAUGACUCGACAUCGGUCUUGCAUAAACAAUCAACUAUAUAUGCAAAUUAAGGGGCUGAUUAUACAUGGCAGGUUUCAGCCCGGGCCAAGUUUAAAUUUCAGUUCAAACCUGGGAGAUUUCCUAGGAAAUUUGGCCCCAUUUUUUUUUUUGGGGGGGGGGCAAAUUUCCCGUGACACUGGGGUGAAACGAUCAAGUCUCAAAAUGGAGGUAUUCCGCUUCUUCGAAGAAUUUAAAAUGCUGUUCACGUCUAUUAUUUGACUUCUACGAGACUGUGGUUGCAUGUAAAAAUAGAGGUGAAAUUUCCCGUCGAUUAAAUGACGAUUUUCAGCCCAGUCCACCGGGCUGAAACUCAUCCCGGGCUGAAAUUUCUGUCAUGUAAUCGCUUUCUGUGUUUCAAUAGGAUUUUAUCCUUGCGCCGGGCUGAAAUGUCAGCCCGGGAAACAGGGCUGAAAACUCUCGCUGUACAUACGUAAAAACGCUCAAGUUGUAACAAACCUGCAGCAGACUUGUAGCAAUGCUGUUCCAACAACUUGUCAACUGGAUAUGUUCGCACUGCUUGUUUCGAGUUUGUUGACAAGUUUUCAACGGCUUGUUGUUGAACUCAACAGACUUGCUACAAGUUGUUCCAACAACUUGUUAUCGUCCUGCAAUUCAACAAGUUGUGAAUGACAACCUUGUAGUAACUUGAUAAAAUGGCAACAUUGUUACAACUUGUUGACAAGCAAUACUUGCCUGUUGCGAACACAUCUUGUUGAGAAGUUGUGAGAUUUUUGCGUGUGUAACUUAGGGAAGUCUACUUUCAUGGUUGAAAAACCUUAUUACAACUUAGAUCAUCUUUCAGAGAUUUUUGGGAAAUGAUGGUGGGGCGAUCUCAGACUACUUCAUAUUACAGAAAUCAAACCACGAUCACAGAGUUGAACAGCACAUGUACUAAAUACUGUGUCGCCAAUUUUGUUUCAGAUUCAUUUCAGUAUUCUCCCGUCAGCUCGUCAUACAUUAAACUACAAACUGUUCCCACUAUCACCUGGUUACGUCACGUUGCCAAGGUUACAUCUAAGUGUACCUCGCUACCAAGGCGAUAUUGACAUGGUGGUCAGAAAUAUGAUACCUUCGCAUGUAUUUAUAAAGGUAUGGUGGAUUACAUAUAACAAAGCAUGGACCUCUAGAGAGAACAGUUCAGAACUGAUACAGAUAUCCAGACAGUAUAAGUUAGUUUAGAUUAGGUUUCCUCAUACUAACCGGGACGGUUUCAUUUCGGUCAGAGUGUUAUUUAUAAUGGGCUAUUCCAUUUAAUAUUCGUACCCCCCCUGUCGAGGAUCCCUGGAAUUCUUUAUGGGUAAAGGGUUUUGGCCUUGGAAUUCUUUAGGGGUAAAGGGUUUUGAGUUUGGAAUUCGUUAAGGAUGAAGGGUUUUGAGCUUGGAAUUAUUCAAGGGUAAAGGGUUUUGAGCUUGGAAUUCUUCAAGGGUAAAGGGUUUUGAGCUUGGAAUUCUUUAAGGGUAAGAGGUUUUGAGCUUGGAAUUCUUCAAGGGUAAAGGGUUUUGAGCUUGGAACUCUUCAAGGGUAAGUUUAGGGUUUUGAGCUUGUAAUUCUUCAGAGGUAAAGAGCUUUGUGAUUGGAAAUGUUUCAGAGCUUGGAAUUCUUCUGGGGCAAAGGAUUUUGAGCUUGGAAUUCGUCAUGGGAGAAGGGUUUUGAGCGUGGAAUUCUUCAGGGGUAAACAGUUUUGAGCUUGGAAUUUUGGAAUUCUUCAGCGGUAAAAGGUUUUGCGCUUGGAAUUCUUCAAAGGUAUAACUAUGACAAACAUGUAUCCUCGACAGGUGGGGUACGGGUAUUAAAUGGAAUAGCCCAAUAGAUGUUUACAUGAGACUGGGACAAAAAAUUGAUCAAACCGGUCUGAAGUGAAAUUUGAAAACAAAAAUUCGUGCAAGUAUUUAGGGAGACAAAAAGAAUUUCUGCAACUACAUGCAAUAUACAGAAAUAUAUAGGAAAAAAUCCUGCACAGCUUGUACAUCAUAAAACAUUCUUGCAAGAAAAAUUUACCCUUCCGGGAUAUUUUCUAAUUGGUCCACUAUUCUAGUAUUCUACCCCUGAUGUAACUAUAACAAUUUUUGUUGUUUUCGUAGCCUCCUGGAAAAGACAUCACCACCUAAACAUGCUGCCAUUAACAGAUCAAAGAAAUGAGUAAAAUGACAGUAAAUCCUUUGAAAUCAGUGGUAUUUAUCCAACUGCCCAAAUCCCUAACGUAUGUUUAUGUCUGAUGCCACUCAAUUCACUCACAAAUAUAGUUGAAAUGUUUGGUUACCUUUGUUCCAUUUUAUGCUUACAUUACCAGAACAGUGGUAACAUACUAAACAUAGGCAUGUGAGUUAUCCCAUGCACCCAAUUCACUCACAUACAGUACAUAACUUAAAUGCUUGGUUACCUUUACUAUAACUAGGCAUGCGAGUUAUCCCACCCAAUUCACUCACAUACAUAAUUUAAAUGCUUAUCAGAACAGUGGUACAAACUAGGCAUGUGAGUUAUCCCACCCAAUUCACUCACAUAUAUAAUUUAAAUGCUUGGUUACCUUUGUUCCAUUCUAUACUUACGUAUCAGAACAGUGGUAACUAGGCAUGUGAGUUAUCUGAAAAUAUGAAUUGGUUGCCUUUGUUCCAUUCUAUGCUAACAUUGUCAGAACAAUCAUGGUAACUUAGACAUGUGAGCUAUCCUACCCAAUUUACUCUAAAUAUACUUUAUUCAAACAGAGCUACCAAUAAUGGUACAUAUACAGGGUGUAUAAAAAAAAACUGAACAGAUUUGAAAUUGCUCUCAAUUUCGCAAAACACCUACUUGUAUCUGGGUUUUUAUAUAUAUAGCUUCUUUGGGUACUUCUAAUGUAAAAUAAUGAAAAAAAAUUCUCGAACUCAAAUUUUGUGAACCAGGGGGGUGUGUCUUUUCCAACAAAUUAAAAAUGGCUCGCGCACAAAAUUUAAAAGCUGUAAUCAUAUUUUUCAUUAAUCGGGUUUUUAAUUACUGUACAAAAUUUCAGACAAUUUGGUUUAGUUUAAGCCCUUUAACUAUUCAUUUUGUUCUAAAAAGUCAGCCUUUCGCAUGCUUAAUUAAUGCCUUUACCUAAUUUGCAUAUUGCUGACAUAUGCAAAUUAGGCAAAUGCAUUAAUUAAUUAAGCAUGCAAAUAGCUGAUUUUUCGGGAAAAUUGUAACUUUGCGUGAAUAGUUAAGGGGCUUAAACUAAACCAAAUUGUCUGAAAUUUUGUACAGUAAUUAAAAUCCCGACAUAUUUUCCAUCUGUUAACUCAAAAUAUGAUUGCAGCUUUUAAAUUUUGUGCGCGAGCCAUUUUUAGUUUGUUGGAAAAGACGCACCCCCCUGGUUCACAAAAUUUGAGUUCGAGAAAUUUUUUUCAUUAUUUUACAUUAUAAGUACCCAAAGAAGCUAUAUAAUAAAAAACCAGAUACAAAUAGCUGUUUUGCGAAAUUGAGAGCAAUUUUAAAUCUGUUCAGUUUUUUUUUAUACACCCUGUAGAAUAGAAAACAUUAAAUUUGCAGAGAGACUAGAUUAAAAAUUAGAAUUAUACUUCUAGUUAUACUAGAUCAAAACUUGUUUAGACACCGAAGCAAUACUUGGUUACCAAUGUCCCCACGGGGGGACUUAUUUGUUUGUUUGUUUAUACAAUGUAAAUGCUUGGUUGCCUUUGUUCCAUUCUAUGCGUACAUUAUCAGAAGAGUGGUAACUAGACAUGUGAGUUAUCUGAAACUGUGAAGUGGAUAGGAACGGGCAUAAACACGCGUUAGUUGAUUAUAGGUCAUUGGAACAUUGGAAUGUAAAAUAAACCUGCAUUUAAAAUGCAACUUCUUAACAACACAAGUGAAAAUUUAAAUUGAUAACCAUGGUUAUGACGUAUAGUAUAACCCAAGGUAUGAUGUAGAAUUAUGACGUAAAUGUAAUGGUCAUUCUAUGACAUAGAAUUAAACAUGCAGUCAACCAAUUAUGGUUUAUUAAUUCGGUACAUAAAAU